AUGCUAGCUUCCUCAUAUGAAUCGUCAUUCGCCUUAGUCGCAUUUAUAAUUUUAAUUUUGCUUAUCUUGGAAAUAACAUUGAAUCAAAGUGGUUCAACAAUAACUGAUGCACCAGAAAAUGAUGAGGAAUUUCGAAAUUUUCAAGAUAUAGAGGGCUUGGAAGGUCGCCGGAACAGUUUAGUUUAUUCUUGUCCUGUGUCAUCACAAUCAUAUGGCCAUGUUGUAUUCUUUCCUGGAGAUAUACAAGAUUUCGAGAAAAACAUGAAAAAGUACGAUCUCAGCGUUGAAUGGAUUAAUUGGAGUUAUGAAAAAAUGUUUCGAAUACUCAAAAAAAGAUUUCCCAACAACUGUUUAUGGGUAGUGCAACCUUCAAAGCGAAAUGGGGGAAUUUUCAGUCUUUACCCAAAUUUUCUUCCGUUCGCUGUUAAUGACGACGUUGACUACGGUAUUCCGGUUAUCCCUCAUAACGCGUCACAUGGUGGGUUAACUCAUUUCGUAAAACUUCUUUCUUCUGGGCAACACCAAACAAUGAAAUUUCACAACACGACACUUAAUAGGCCAAUAAUUCUUGUAGGAUUUAGCAAGGGAUGCAUUGUUUUGAAUCAGUUUUUGCACGAAGUUGCAUAUAUGUCGAAAAAAUAUUCUGUUGCAUUGUCAGAAGACGAAGAUUAUAAAUCUGUAAGGAAGUUUGUUGCAAAAAUUUCUGAAUUAUAUUGGCUCGAUGGAGGCCAUAGUGGAACACGUGGCCUGUGGGUAGUGGAUUCUAAUGUCUUAGCAUAUUUAAAAGAUGGAAUAUGGAUGAAAAAUAUUAAAAUAUAUGUUCAAGUUACAUUGUGGGGAAUCAACGACCCGAUGCAACCUCGAUACGAAGAAGAAUUAUCUCAGUUUGGAUCACAACUGAGGAAUCUGGAUGUAAACUAUAAUGAAACACGAUGGAACGUUUCGAGAACGUUAGAAAAUCACUUCAAAAUUUUGAACAGUUUCUGAGGCGUUGACAAACGAAAAAUGAAAUUGGAGCGGUGGAACUAUAGUAUACUUUACUCUAAUUUCAUCUUUGGCGAAAAUUUUUGAAAAUACUUCAGCCUAUGAAGUUUGAAAUAGCUAAAAUCCAUUAUUAAAUUGACAUAAAGUAAAUCAACAGUGGUCUAGGCUGUUCCAACAUAUAGUGGCUGAAAAAUAUUCUCAAGUCACAUUCCUCGCAAAAAACUAACGAUUUUCAUAUUGCUUUAUUCGCUUAAUGAGUGUGCUUCGGAUCUAGUCUAGAAUAGAGUGAACUCCAGUCUGAAAUACCAGGACUGAGUCUUAGCUGAUUGUAAAAUUUCUGUUUCAAAUAAAAGACCGUAGACAUGCAAAUCUACUAGUAGCCACAUCGUUCAUUAGAACCCCCAAAUGAACCCGAUUCGUGUAGAAACAGUGCAAUUAAUAGUAAAAUUGCAAUUUUGGAAGUUAAUAUGUUUUUGGUACCAUCCAAUUUUAAAAUUUCAUUUUCAAUUAUAUUCCACAAAUUAAAAAUCUCUUUCAAGACUUAUUAUCCACUUUUCAUUCCCACCAUUUCGAUUGAAAUGUGAUUAUAAAUACUUUCCCAUCGUAUCAGCUAGAGUGAAUAACACGUCAUAAGUUUUGGGGAAACCACUUUCAAUAAAGUAUAGUUAUCUUGUAUUUACUGUUUAAUCUUAUAUUCACAUACUUUGUAAAAACAUAUAU